CCUUUCAAAAAGGCCGCACAUGAGCCUCUGCCACAGGACCCGAGGGAGGGUGUGUGUGUGUGUGGAUGAGCUGCGCGCAGCUGUCAGUCUGCAUCUCACCCUCAGUGCGCGUGAGACUUAGCGAGGAAGCGGAUCGGAUCAGAUCGCGAUACGUUCGGGACACUGCAAAACCACAACGAAACAGGUAAAAACAUGGGUGGUAAACUAAGCAAGAAGAAGAAGGGAUACAAUGUCAGUGAUCAAAAAAGUACUGAUUCUACAGAACCUCAGAAUGAAAAUGUAGACAAAACAACUGAUUCCUUAAAUGGGUCGACUGAAGUUAAGUCUUUGCCGGCUUCUGAACAGAAUGAAUCUCAGGGCUGUAAUAAGGACAAUGAAACAGAGCCUGUAAGCAAUAAUGGAGAUAGCAGUAGGAACCUUGAAACAAGUCAGCCAGUUGUUGUCCCAGAAUGUCCUAAUCAGCAGCUCUCAACACCUAAAGAGGAAGACGUUCUUGGAAAUAAAGAGGAAAACAGAUCCAUCAUACCUGCAGAUGAACAACCCAAGGAAGUGGAGAAAACAAAAGAAAAAACUAGGGUACAUGAAGAAACAAACUUAGAAGAAAAACAAGAACAGCAGUCAUCUGAAAGUGAUAACUUAAACAUUUCUAAACAGAAUACAAUGGAAAAAAUAAUGCCUGCUGGAAAAAAUGUGGAGGAGGACAGCAAAACACUUGAAGAUGCUUUAAUAGAAAAAACUGAGAUUAACAAAAUAAUUAUUUCUCCUUGUCAGGAAAAUGAAGUAAAAUCUCCUACAAAGUUAGCCAUUAGUUCUGAGAAAAAUGAGGGGUGUGAAAAUGUGAAACAUGACUUGACCAAUGCUGAAACAAGCAACACAUCUACAGUAUCUGAGCAACAGGAAUGCAGACAGAUUGGAGAAAUGAAUGGUGCUUGUGGCACAGAUGCUAAGCCAGUCUUAAAUGAGAGUCCAGCUCAGGAUGACAAGAGUAAAACUGAAUCUUCUUUUCAGGAAGCCAAAAAUACAGAACUGAAGGCUGUUGUUGAGGAACUUCCCUCAGCAGCCAAACAGAACAGCAAUGUAGGUUAUGAAUGUCAGAAAGAAAGAGCCAUGGACACAGAAGUACAAACAAAUCCUUGUGUAGAAGAAACUGCAGGUAAGGAAUGUCUUCUAAAGGAUAUCCAGAAAGAGGUAAACAUUUUAACUGAGGUCUCUGAAAGUAAACCUAUAGUCCACAUAUCUACAUUAAAUGAAGAAUCUGCUACAACCAUAGUCUGUAAUGAAAUUCAGCUUUGCCAUUCCGACAAAACCGAAAAUGAAGAAAGCUCCAAUGCAAAAUCAGAAAAUUUUGCACCUGAAACAGAGAAUGGAUCAUUUGAAGUGCCUGUUGCCUCUACUCUUUGUGAAAAUGUACAGCCAAUACAUAACCUGGAAGGAGAAAAUAAAGAUGCGCAGUCAGAAAAAAAACCUGAACUGUCACAAGAUAAAAGUAACAUUACAGACAUCCAUUCAACACUUGAAAUAAGAAUAACAGAGUCAGAAGAUAAAGGAUUUUUUAGAAACCCAAAUGAAAUGGAAGAAGAAAGUUUAGUAAUUAGUCCUGAGGUUCCAGUCAUGUUAGAAGAAAAGGCUCAGACUAUGAAGCCUGAAACAAUACCUGAAAUUCAUAUCUCAGAAUCCCAAGUAAUCAAUGAAUCACCUACUGAUGACAUUGAAGAUCAGCUGACUGUACUAGGAAAAAGUGAAAAUAAAACUGCAGAUGUAGGCUCUGUUGAUAAAAAUAAAUCGGAAGAAUACAGUUUGGUCCAGGAUAAUGUAAUAAAUCAGGAGAGUGAUCUGCCCCUUCAGAAGAAUGAAGUUAGUAAUUUAGUAAGUGAUGAGUGCUCCCCAAGUGCAGAGCAUGAGAAAGAUAUUGCAGAUGAAAUGGUACAGCCAAAUGAGCCAUCCGGUCUCCCAGACACUUUAUGCCCUCAUCCAAAAUUAGAAUAUGUGGUGGAAACCGGUGUAAAAUGUAUUCAGGAAGAGCCAUUGGACUGUGCAAGUGCUGACAAAUAUGCCAAAGAACAGCAUUUUAUCAAUAGCUGUGAAUCUAAAAAUAUGAGCAAUGUAAAUGAAAAAGAAGUUUCUAAUAAUUGUGAAGAAGUAUCUUAAUAUUGCUCCUGAAGAGUAUGCAGUAAACUGAGCCAGGCUAUGAUAUCAAAGAGAAUAAAAACAAAGAGGAAAACAAGGCCUCCUUUUACAUCAAGAAGAUCAAAAAUGGAACUGUUCACUAAUGACACCAGAAAGGAAUUCUGACUUUUUUAAACUUUUUUUUUUUCUAUAUAGAUUGACUAAGUAAGCUUACAAACACUUUGGCACAGAGUCUAAACCUUGAAUUAAUCUCAUAGUUAAGUUACGAAUACACAUUUUUCUUUAAAAUAAUGCAUUUUGAAGCCAUUUGCUUGCUGUAGUGUUUAGUCACAAAAACAUGUAAAUCUGUGCUCUCAUGGUCACUCUGACUUUUUUUUCAUGUAGUUUUUUUCAUUUUACAGCAACUUUAGAAAUGUAAUUUUAACUUGAAACAAUGAUUGUAAUAAAUGAGUGUCAUACCAUAAA